AUGUCAGUUAUGUCAGGUCAGUUUGCCAGAAACAUUGUCAGAACUGUAACCAUGCCAACCAAAGAACAAGUUCAGCGAAUCUUGAAAAAAGCAGAUGCCGUUUGCUUUGAUGUAGACUCAACCGUAUGUGAAGAUGAAGCCAUUGAUGAACUGGCCAGCUUCUGUGGGGUCGGACCUCAGGUUGCAGAGUGGACAAAGAAAGCCAUGGGUGGUGGAAUUUCAUUCCGUGAUGCUUUGACCCAGAGGCUAAACAUAAUGCAACCCACCAUUGGAGAAGUGAAAGAUCUCAUUGCAUCAUGUCCCCCAAGACUUAGUCCCAAUAUCAAAGAACUUGUCGAUGUAUUGAAAGCCAAGAACAAAAAAGUGUUUUUGGUAUCGGGGGGCUUCCGCUGUAUAAUCUCACCAGUUGCUGAGGAACUUGGUAUACCCAAGGAGAACAUCUAUGCUAAUAAACUGAUUUUCAACGAAGAUGGUAGUUACGCUGGUUUUGACACAGAUGAGCCAACAUCUCAGGCUGGUGGGAAAGCAGUUGUUGUUCAGCAUAUCAAAGACCUGUAUGGACUGAAGACAGUUGUGUUUGUGGGUGAUGGAGUCACAGAUCUAGAGGCUUGCCCUCCUGCGGAUGCAUUCAUUGGCUAUGGUGGAAAUGUUGUCAGGGAGAAGGUGAAAAAUUCUGCAGCUUGGUUUGUCACAGACUUCAAACAGUUGAUAGAUGUUCUAUCAGAUGGUGCACGGAAUUAA